CUGAAUGCCUAUCUCACCACAAGAAUAUGACCAUAUUCACAGGCAAAAGGUUGCUUAUAAUCUGGGAGAACGAUACCGCGUUUCCAUGUUUAAAAGAAAAUGAUCAUCGUAGUAUUGCAAAUAUCUCACGAACUGCUACAAUCAAUGAAGCUAGCAAUGCAUUCCAAACGUUGAACUCGUUGAUUGGUGACGCUACAGGAUACUGGCGCAAUACUGCUAGAGGGAUAGAGAAACGUGAAUUGCUUUGGACCAGGUUACCAAAUGAAUCUGACAGGUUACCAAAUGAAUCUGCCAGCUUUCGAGGAACCACAAACAAGAAGCUAAACAGCAGUGAUGAACGUGGAACUGAAUUUUGCAGCUCAUUCGGCGCGCGCGGUGAUGGUCAAAGUUUGCUACUGGUGAAUCAAUGAAUUGCCAAUAUCUCCUGUUUCAGCCAGAGCAAGGCGUUCAGUGCCCGUGAGCGUGAAUCCAACCACUCCAAGGGUUCAAGUCACACAAUUUCGCUUCCUCCUCGUCCUAGAUUGACUAUUCAGGAGUCACUUUCAGGAUGCCAGGAUGGUUACCUACUGAACUAUGAACUGUUGCUGUAUGAUCAGUAACGACUGGCUUUCAGCCCUGUUGGAGAGACAUCGCACUCCAGAUCAGUUGAGGCCUUUAGGCUAAACAUUGCGAGUAUGCUUAGCUGCUAUCGCAAGGCUCAAAUGAGCUGGACAGUUCCCGCCAAUCCGUCAUUCCAACAACUGGCUGCCUUAAGAAAAUUGAUGCAGUACACGUAGUACUACUAGGUACCAGCACGAGUCGAGUGUGGUGAAUGUACUGUGGUACUGGUGCUGGUACUACACAUGAUGUAGUUUACUGCUUGGUGGUUGUCAUCUUCUUAAGUUUGUAAUAAGGUUACCAAAUAUUAUCAAAGACGACGUUCAUCUUCCAUGUGAAGACGAAUGGCCUUCUCAGUAGGGGCAGAGGAUAAACAAAGGAUGAACGAAAAAUUGAGUGUUA